AUGCUCGUGCGUCUGGGAUCCUCGACUGCACGUGCUAUGGCCGCACCGGCAGGACGGUCGAUCGCGCGAAUCAAUGCCGUGCCAGCACGCUGGGAAUCCACGUCGUCGUCGUCGUCGCCGCCGCUGCGUGAGGUUGCGCCGUCUACAUCCAAGGCGCCCAAAAAGCCGUCGGCCAUGCAAAAAGCACUGCCGAUCCUUUUCCACCGUGUGGAUCUGGAGCAGUUUCCGCGCCUGCUGCGUGAAAAAGAUGCGAUGCAUGAUGGUGUGAAGAGCGUCGUGCCGCCGGAUGCGCAGAGCCCCUACGGUGGUAGUGUCACGAUCUACAACGAUGCGGAUCGGCAACCGCUGUUCCCGACCCCGCCACCGAGUGUGCAGUCCAUUAUGCAGGCGGGUGGUAGUGGUAGCGAGGAAGUGCAUACAGAGACGUACUUGUCGAACGUCACACCCCUCUCCCCUACAGAGGUUACGCGGCUGCACCGGUACAACAUUGUGCUGAAGCGUGUCGUGAAUAUGACGGGCAAGGGCCGUGUCGCAAGCUGGUACGCACUGGUGAUUGCCGGCAAUGGGCAUGGCUUGGUCGGCUACGGCGAAGGCAAAGAUGAGAAUGCCGGUCGUGCGAAUAAGAAGGCGUUCCAUGCCGCUGUGAAGAAUAUGGACUUGGUAGCGGUGCACCGCUCCAAGAGUGGCUCAAACACGGUGGAGACCACGGUGGAAGGCCGGUGGGGAGCGACGCGUGUCGUCAUCCGGCCACGCCCUGCCGGGUUCGGCUUGCGUGUGCCCAACGUCUUGCAUCCGAUUGCUCGGGCCGCUGGGUUUACCGAUUUGAACGCUGCUGUAUACGGCUCGUCCAACGCGAUGAACGUGGUCAAAGCUGCGUUGCAAGUGUUAUGGGGCGGCAGUGCGCCGAUCGGUAUGGGCGGCGGCGUGCGUGGUCCGAUGCGUCGUGACAACAAGGGGCAAGGCGCACGUUCGCGUCGUGCGAUGGAGUUGAGUCGUGGACGUCGUUUGGAAGAGUUUGAUCUAUAG